GUCAGCAGCCGAGUGCUGAUUGGCUGCGGCCAGCUCGUUUCCGGUGGAGCCGUCGCCGAGCCGCUAUCGCAGAGUGGUGCCGGGCUGGAAGCGAAGCGCUGAAAAAGCUCGGCACGACGCAGCCUCGCACCUGCACCCCCGUGUCCGCCGCCGCCAGUCCCCAGAGAACCAUGGCAUCUGGCAGCACUGCCGCUGGUGAGGAGGAGCGCAGCCUCCGGGAAUGUGAGCUCUAUGUCCAGAAGCACAACAUUCAGGCACUCCUCAAGGAUUCUAUUGUGCAGCUGUGCACCGUCCGACCUGAGAGACCGAUGGCAUUCCUCAGGGAAUACUUUGAGAAGUUGGAGAAGGAGGAGGCAAAACAGAUUCAAAAUGUGCAGAAAGCAGGCACUCGGACAGACUCGAGGGAAGAUGAGAUCUCCCCUCCGCCACCCAACCCAGUGGUUAAGGGUCGGAGGCGACGAGGCGCUAUCAGCGCUGAAGUCUACACAGAGGAAGAUGCUGCUUCAUAUGUUAGAAAGGUUAUACCAAAAGAUUAUAAGACAAUGGCCGCUUUAGCCAAAGCCAUUGAAAAAAAUGUGCUGUUUUCACAUCUCGAUGAUAAUGAGAGAAGUGAUAUUUUUGAUGCCAUGUUUCCAGUCUCCUUCAUUGCAGGAGAAACCGUUAUUCAGCAAGGUGAUGAAGGGGAUAACUUCUAUGUGAUUGAUCAAGGAGAGAUGGAUGUGUAUGUCAACAAUGAGUGGGCAACCAGCGUCGGGGAAGGAGGGAGCUUUGGAGAACUUGCUUUGAUUUAUGGAACCCCUAGAGCAGCCACUGUCAAAGCAAAGACCAAUGUGAAAUUGUGGGGUAUUGACCGAGACAGCUAUCGAAGAAUCCUCAUGGGAAGCACACUGAGGAAGCGGAAGAUGUAUGAGGAGUUCCUUAGUAAAGUGUCUAUUUUAGAAUCCUUGGAUAAGUGGGAACGUCUUACAGUAGCUGAUGCAUUGGAACCAGUCCAGUUUGAAGAUGGGCAGAAGAUUGUGGUGCAAGGAGAACCAGGGGAUGAGUUCUUCAUUAUUUUAGAGGGCUCAGCUGCUGUGCUACAACGUCGUUCAGAAAAUGAAGAGUUUGUUGAAGUGGGAAGAUUGGGGCCUUCUGAUUAUUUUGGUGAAAUCGCACUACUGAUGAAUCGUCCUCGAGCUGCCACGGUGGUUGCGCGUGGCCCCUUGAAAUGUGUUAAGCUGGACCGACCUAGAUUUGAACGUGUUCUUGGCCCAUGCUCAGAUAUCCUCAAACGAAACAUCCAGCAGUACAACAGUUUCGUGUCACUGUCUGUUUGAAAUCUGCCUCCUGUGCCUCCCUUUCUCCUCUCCCUGAUCCAUGCUUCACUCAUGCAGACUGCUUUACUUUCCCUAUUUGCAGCGCCAAGUGGCCACUGGCAUCGCAGCUUCUUGUCUGUUUAUAUUAAAAGUUGCUUUUAUUGCACCAUUUUUAAUUUGGAGCAUUAACUGAAUGCUCAUACACAGUUAAAUAAAUAGAAAGAGUUCUAUGGAGACUUUGCUGUUACUGCUUCUCUUUGUGCAGUGUUAGUAUUCCACCUGGGCAGUGAGUGCCAUGCUUUUUGGUGAGGGCAGAUCCAGCACCAAGUGAAUUACCAUAAGUAAUGAUGUAACCAUGCAAGAUUUUUUUUUUUAAGUGACAUAAUUUUCCAGUUAUGAGCUUUUUUAGACUGUGGCCAUAUAUACUGUAUUUCUUUAUAAAAUAAAUGAUUUCUCAUGAAGCUCUAAGGAUUAGGAAAAAUGGACGUAGAAAAAAAUCCUAGUUUAGUAGAAAGGUAUGUGAUUAAACUAGUUUUAGGGUUGAAAAAUGCCCAUUUUGCUAAUUAGCAGAUGGAUAGAUCAGUUUUUUCUUUUUUACCAGAAUUUUUGUUUGCCAAGCUAAUUUGACUGGUUUUGUUUAUAUCUUAUUAAUGUUUCCUCUCCAAUUCUGGAAUAUUUUAGGUGUGGCUAUCUAUACUUGCCUUUUGAAUUUGAAACCGAAUCAUAGGUUAUAAAUAUUGGGUUAUGGUUUAAUUGCAUCUGCCCCAGCUCAUAAAUUCUGAUUAGACCUUAUCCAGCUAGUGCCAAAUACUGAUCAUAAGAUGCUGAAUUAAGAAUAAGAAUUUGAGGUCUAUACCCUUGAUUGUUAAUGUAGAACUUUUGGUUAAUGUACAACUUUAGUUGACUCCAGUAUAAUCUCCUAUGCUUAUUAAACUCUGAUUCCAGGAAACUGGAUUUGCUGAGACUAGGUACAAUGGGGGAAAUGUCAUAACAGAGAAGUGAAGGUGAUUUUGCUGAAGGGAGAAAUGCCAGGUAGACAAAGUUCAGUGUUAGGAAUUUUCCUGACUAAAUUCAUUGGAACAUGAGCUUUGGGAAGAAAUUUUUUACUUUGGUUUAGCCUUUUUUUCCCUCCUUAUGUCAACUACAAUUUCUGGUGGGUUAGGGAUGGGGUAGGAUGUAUCUGUGUUGUUUCAGAUUGGUCUAAGAGGCCAUCCUGCUGAGAGUCCUGCUUUCCUUGCUAGCAUUUAUUUCUCUGGAAAACUUUUUUAAAAGUAAACUUGUGUUUUGAGUCUUAACUGUUAUUUCAGUAUUUUCCAGCCUUAUGUGUUACAUUAUUCCAAUGAAACCCAAUGGUUUAUUUUUAUUAUUGUUAUUUUUUUAAACAAAAUUUCACAGUUCUGUUAAUGUAGGCACUUUUAUUUUUAUUGUGAUUUAUAUAUAAGGUAGGGUUAUAUUUGGGAGUGACUUGCAAGCAUUUUCCAUCUGUGUGCAACUGGCUCUGAUUAUUGAUCCCCUCUCUUACUGUUUCCCAACUAAUUUAAAUUGGUCAUGGUAGAUUUUUUUCAUAGAUUUGAAAAGCUUUUAGGGUGUUACUAAGUUUGGAGUAUAAAUCUGGGGAAGGAGGUUUUAUUUACAUUUUAGUAUGGGAUGGAAAGCCACUUUGUUACAAUAUGUCCAAAAAAUUCUAUAUUGAAUGAGGGUUUUCUGAUCUAUACUUUGUGUUUAGCUACCUUUUUAUAUUUAAAAAAUUAAAAUAAAAAUUAUGUUCUGAUAAGCUUAAAGCUUGAUUUGAUCUUUGUUUAAAUGCCAAAAAUGUACUUAAAUGAAUUAUUUAGAAUGCCAUAAAAUUGCACAGUUUCAUAUAUGUAUAUAAUCAUGUUCUUGUACAUUCAGAUACAUAUGAUGCUUUCUAAAUGAGUUUACUCAAAUGAUUUGGCUUGCUGUUUACUCCCUUUUGUAGUUUUUAAAUCUAAGACAUUUUAAGAUAAGUCUAAAUUUAAAAAUUACCACCUUUAAAGCUUUAUCUUUGUGCUAUCUAAGUAUAUGUGAGAAAUUACAAUUGGCAUAAUUUGUCUAAGUUGAUAUUCAGGGCUUUAGAAUUCAUUGUUUCUGGGCUUGGUAAGUGAAUUCAUGAGAUGUGCUCCAGAAAGUAUAGAUGGCCAAAGGACCAUUUUGUAUUCUUUCCAGGUUCCCAGUCUGAUUAUACUGUGUGUGCUAAUAUACUCUAUUCUUUUUGUUAUAGAUUGUCUUAACGGUAGGUCAAGUAAUAAAAAAGAGAUGACAUAAUUUACAUUUUUAAA